GGUGCGGGGCCAAAAGCGGCGGGACCGGGACCAGGAGCCGCUGCUGCCGCCGGGACCGGAGCGCGGGGAGCCCUGCAGGGCAGCCGCGAUGGCUGAGGAGCUCAGUGARCUGCUGAGGGAGUUCGACGAGGUCAUGGAGGACUUUGACCGGGGCCCUGCAAGUCAGUACCAGCAGCACCUGGAGGAGCUGAAGAGGAAAGCAGGACAGAGCGUGUAUGACAGYGGCAUCGAUGAGCUGGAGAGUGCCAGCACAUCCCCAGGGAGCAGCCUCAACUCCAGCGAGGAGCACCUCAACACCCCAGCUGACCCUUACGCCCCAAAAGCUAAGCUUGGUGACACACAGGAGCUGGAGGAGUUCAUCGCAGACCUGGAUAAAGCCUUGCAGGAGAUGUGAGCUGUGGUUUGGACUCUGCAGAGGAGCAGCUCCAGCCCAGAGCCUCCGUGAUGCUGCCAUUGCUUCUGCGCCCCUGGCAGGGGUGGGGACAGCUCCCUGGACAAGGAUGGGCAGUGGGGCUGGAUCCGGCCGUGGGACAGYGGUGGCAGUGCCCUGCCAGUGCCAAGAGAGGACAGCCCUGGGUGGACACCAGGCCCUGCCCUGCACAGGGCCUGGUGGCUCCUGGGACCACGGGGUCUGGGGCGUCUGGGCUGCUGCUGAAGCCCCCUGAGUGAUUUUGGGAAAGAUCAGCUUGCAGGACAUCAGCGUGGCCUUGGUGUCCCCUCCAGGCUGGAAGCCCUGUUCCUUGGUGGUAUCUGCCACCAUUGACCCUUUGCACAGGGAGCUCCAAAUCGGGCCCCACCCUGCCCCAUAAGUGCCUCUGCCCCAGCUACUGCUGUAAAUACUGUAAAGAAGAUGUUUUGUGCUGUACAGAGGGGAYGGGUUUCUGUGAACAGGAUUUUA